UCCCACAGACUGGUAACCUGCACACUGGGGCCGCGGACUGGAGAGGAGAGGAGCGGAGUUAUCUGGGAGGUAGGAGCGCGGCAGAAAAUAAGAGUUGCACUGGAACCGACUUCUCUCCGUCCCUGAGUGAAAUAAACUUUGCACAAGGAGCACCUGUAAACUCGCAUUAAACAUUAUGUCCGGCAGCACCAUAGCCAGGGUGCUGGUUGCGCUCUGUAUCGGGAGCGCGGUGAACUGCAUGCCCAGAGGGACGCACAGGAUUCGGAGACAAGGGCAGCAGCAUCAGGUCCCCUCAGUCUCUCAGGAUGGUUGUAGAGAAAACGGUCAGUUCUAUGGUAUUAAUGACCAGUGGGAACGGCCGUAUUUGGGCAGUACUCUGGUCUGUACCUGCCAUGGAAUCGCUGGCAUCAAGUGUAAAAGCAAACCUGAAGCAGAGGAAACGUGCUUCGAUAAGAUCAACCAGCAGUCCUACAAUGUGGGAGAAACCUAUGAGAGACCCAAGGAUGGCAUGAUCUGGGACUGUACCUGUAUUGGAUCAGGGAAGGGCAAGAUCAGUUGCACCAUCGGCAACCGCUGUCAUGAGGGCGGAGCUUCAUAUAAGAUCGGUGACACCUGGAGGAGACCCCACGAAACGGGAGGCUACAUGUUGGAGUGUGUCUGUCUGGGUAACGGCAAGGGAGAGUGGACCUGCAAACCUGUCGCUGAGCGUUGCUACGACAACUCGGCGGGAACAUCAUAUGUUGUUGGGGAGACAUGGGAGAAGCCGUACCAGGGAUGGAUGGUGGUGGACUGCACCUGUCUGGGAGAGGGAAGUGGACGCAUCACAUGCACCUCCAGAAAUCGCUGUAACGACCAGGAUACUCAGACCUCCCACCGUAUUGGAGAUACCUGGACCAAGACAGACGCCCGAGGCCACUCGCUCCAGUGUCUUUGCACAGGGAACGGCCGAGGGGAGUGGAAGUGUGAGCGACAUGCUUCACUUCACACCACUGGCCUGGGCACUGGCUCUCGUGUGAUCACUAACAUCCAGCCUGCAGUCUACCAGCCUGCCACUCUGCCUGAGCAUGCCCAGGAGGGACCCUGUCGGACAGAUGCAGGACUGUCGUACUUCAUCGGCCAGCGCUGGAUGAAGAACCAGGGAACCAAGCAGAUGAUCUGUACCUGUCUUGGCAAUGGAGUCAGCUGUGAACAGUGGGAUGGACCAGCUCCAGUGUAUGGUGGCAACUCUGGAGGUCAGCCCUGUGUGUUUCCCUUUGUCUACAAGGGGAAGACCUACCACUCUUGUAUCUCGGAUGGACACAGUGAUGGACAGCUCUGGUGUUCCACCUCCUCCGACUAUGAGAGAGACCAGAAAUAUUCUUUCUGUACAGAGAAGCAUGUAAUUGUGGCAACCCGAGGCGGUAAUUCUAACGGUGCUCUGUGCCAGUUCCCCUACCUCUAUAAUGGCCGAAACUACACUGACUGUACUGCAGAUGGACGUAGAGACGGCAUGAAGUGGUGCGGCACCACAACAGACUAUGAUGCAGAACAACGCUUUGGGUUCUGUCCUAUGGCUGACCAUGAAGAAGUGUGUACGGCCAAUGAAGGGGUGAUGUACCGCGUGGGAGAUCAAUGGGACAAACGGCACGAUGUUUUGGGACACAUGAUGCGAUGUACCUGUAUCGGCAAUGGCAGAGGGGAAUGGAGUUGUGUUGCUUACUCCCAGAUUAAAGACCAGUGUAUUGUAGAUGGUCUGACCUAUGAGGUGAACCAAACCUUCACCAAACAACAUGAGGAGGGCUACACGAUGAACUGCAGCUGCUUUGGACAGGGGCGUGGUCGCUGGAAGUGUGAUGCCAUUGAUCAGUGCCAGGAGCCGGAGACGAGGGCCUUCUAUAAGAUCGGAGAGUCUUGGGAUAAAGUCAUCCAAGGAAUCAUGUACAAGUGCUAUUGCUAUGGCAACGGCAUUGGAGAGCUCAGCUGCGAGCCCCAGCAGUCCUACCCUGGUGGUAAUCGUCCCGUUCAGGUGAUCAUAACUGAAUCUGGAAACCAACCCAACUCCCACCCUAUUCAGUGGAAUGCCCCACCGUCUGCUCACAUCACCCAGUACGUCCUCAAAUGGAGAGUGAAAAACACUCACAGCCCAUGGAGAGAGGUGAUGAUCCCUGGCCAUCUCAACUCCUACACCAUCUCUGGUCUGAAGCCGGGCAUCACCUACGAGGGUCAGCUAAUCAGCGUGUUGCAGUUUGGGCGCCGAGAGGUCACACGCUUUGACUUCACUACCAAUUAUGGAUCAUUUGUGCCAUCACAAGGCGAGACCACCCAACCUCUGCCUACAGUUGACAUCUCAGAGUCUGUGACCGAAAUUACCUCCAGCAGCUUUGUCAUCUCCUGGGUUUCUGCCUCUGACACAGUUUCUGGUUUUAGAAUAGAGUAUGAGCUCAGUGAGCAGGGACAGGCAUCUGGACAACCCCUGGUGCUAGACCUGCCCCACACAGCUACCUCAGUGAACAUUAAUGAGCUUCUACCUGGGAGGAAGUACACUGUUAACGUCUAUGAGAUUACAGAGAGCGGAGAGAACAACCUAAUUCUUACUACUUCACAAACCACUGCCCCUGAUGCUCCCGUUGAGCAUGAAGUGGAGGACGUGGGAGAAACUUCCAUGUUGAUCAGCUGGAACAAACCUCUGGCUCCCAUCACUGGCUAUCGAGUUGUCUACACGCCAUCACUAGAAGGUGAAAGCACGGAGCUGACUCUCCCUGACACGGCAACAUCUGUGACUCUGAGUAACCUUCUACCUGGGAAGUUGUACAACGUCAGUAUCUACUCUGUGGAGGACAGCCUGGAGAGUGAGCCUAUCUUUGUGCAGGUCCUCACUGCUGGAGAUCCACUGCCAGAAGAAGUUACUUCUCCUACAGACCUGCAGUUCUUCGAGGUGUCCGAUAAAAAAAUAGUUCUGACCUGGUCCGGCCCAACCAGCGACAUCUCAGGUUACCGGGUCACCGCCGUCCCUGUUGAUGAGUCUGGUUCCCUGCAGAGGGAGAUGACCCUGCCUGUCAGUCAAAACUCCUACAUUGAAGUGUCACACCUAGAGCCUGGAACACUGUACCGCUUCCACGUCUAUACCAUUCACAAUGGAGAGGAAAGUUUACCACUUAUUGGGGAGCAAACCACUAAGCCUGAUGCUCCCACAGAUAUCCAUUUCACCAACGUGACGGAGGACAGUGCUGUGAUAUUGUGGUUUGCCCCUCGUGCCAAAAUCACUGGCUACCGUCUCCUCCUCUCCAUUGAGGGCUCUAACCCCAAGCAGCUGCGCCUGCCUGCCCGCCUUACUCAGUACACCCUCCUCAACCUGAAGCCUGAUACUGAGUACACCGCUACGCUACAUGCCGAGCAAGAUAACACACUCAGUGAAGGAGAGACCGCUGUAUUUACCACUAACCUGCCAAUGGGCAGCGCUCCUCAUUUCAGCACUGAUGUGACUGACACCUCCAUUAUAAUCUCCUGGACUCCAGUUCCCCGCAUUGAAUACAAGUUGACGGUACGUCCCAGCCAGGGCGGAGAAGCCCCCAGAGACGUGACCUCUGACUCAGGAAGUAUUUACAUUUCUGGUCUAACUCCGGGAGUGGAGUACACAUACAGCGUCCAGCCAGUAAUAAACGGCCACGAGCAGGGAACCCCAGUCACACGCCGUGUUGUCACACCUCUGUCUCCUCCUACUGAUCUCAACCUGGAGUCUAACCCAGGCACCGGAGAGCUUACUGUCCAAUGGAACGGGGCCAGUACACCAGACAUCACCGGCUACAGAGUGACAUGCACUCCCACCAAUGGGCAGCAAGGAAACAGUGUGGAGGAGUUUGUGGAGGCAGGUCAGAACUCCUGCACCCUGGAGAAUCUCAGUCCAGGAGUGGAAUACAACAUCAGUGUUGUUACUGUUAAGGAUGAUAUGGAGAGCACUCCUAUAUCAACUACCAUUACACCAGAGGUCCCACAGCUGACGGACCUCACCUUCAAGGACGUGAGCGACACCUCUAUCAGUCUCCGCUGGUCACCGCUCAACACCACGGCCAUCACUGGUUACAGGAUCACAGUGGUGGCAGCCGGCGAGAGUGUACCCAUCUUUCAAGACAUGGUUCUGCCAACGACUGGCCAUUAUACUGUCUCCGGACUGGAACCUGGUAUCGACUAUGACAUCAGUGUGAUCACUGUGACGGAGAAUGGCGAGAGCGAGCCCACCACAGUCACUCAGCAGACCUCUGUACCAGCACCCACUGAUUUGGGCUUUGGCCAGGUUGGUCCAGACAGCAUGGAAGUCACCUGGGUCGCUCCCCGUGUCCCCCACACCGCUGACAUCAACAGCUUCCUCGUCAGGUAUCAUCCCAUUGACGAUGACGAUGACACUACAGAAAUCAGCGCAGGAGGCGGUAACAGCGUGGUGCUAAGGCACUUGCUGCCCAACACAGAGUAUCUGGUGAGCGUGGUGUGUGUGUAUGAGCAUAGAGAGAGCUCGCCCCUCGUCGGCACCCAGAAAACAGCUCUGGAUUCACCAGUUGGCCUGCGUUUCUCUGAGAUCUUCACCAACUCCUUUACCAUCCACUGGCUUGCUCCCCAGAGCAAAAUCACCGGUUACCGUAUGCGUUACCAAAUGGUCAGCGGCGGGAGAGCCAAGGACGAGAGGCUGCCCCCGUCCAGGAACCACUUCACCCUGACAGGACUCACUGCAGACACGGAGUACUUGGUCAACAUCUACGCAGUGAGCGGGACCCAAGAGAGCCUGCCGCUCAGUGGGAAACAGAAGACAAUCUCUGAUGCUCCCACAGACCUGGAAGUGCUAGACUCCAGCCCUACCAGCAUCACCGUCCGCUGGGAUGCCCCACCGGUCACUGUGCGCUACUACAGGAUCACUCAUGGAGAGUUCGGAGGUCACAGUAAUCCUAAGGAGUUCACAGUGCCUGGCUCUCAGUCCACUGCCACAAUCAAUAACCUGAAGCCUGGUACUGACUACACUAUCACCGUCUAUGCUGUGACUGGUAGAGGAGACAGCCCCGCUUCCAGCACUCCAAUCUAUGUCAUGCACAAGACAGGUGUUGACUCUCCCUCCGAAAUGGAGGUGAUGGAAGUAAAUGACAACAGUGUCACAGUGAAGUGGAGCCCUGCCCAGGGCCCAAUCAAGGGAUACAGGGUGACUGGGGUCCCCAGAAAUGGACAGGGACAGUCUUUCACUGAGGUGGUGGCUCCAGACCAGACGGAGAUCACUUUCUCAGGACUGAUGCCCACUGUAGAGUACGUUCUGAGUGUAUAUGCACUUGGACAAGAUGGAGAGAGCUCCCCACUGGUGGUGAACGCUUUAACAAAUAUAGACCGUCCCAAGGACCUGACCUUCUCAGACAUCGACUCCACCUCACUGCGGAUCACCUGGGACAGUCCUGAGGGAAUUGUCACAUCUUACCGGGUCUUGUAUUCAAGUCCGGAGGAGGGUGAGAGAGAGCUGCGCCCUGCUCCCCGAGGAGAUGCUGAGUCUACUACCAUCUAUGGUCUGCAACCUGGCACUGAAUACACUGUGAAAGUCAUCGCAGUGCAUGAUGACACGGCCAGCACACCACUGGUCGGGACACAAGCUACAGCCAUCUCCCCCCCCACCAACCUCCAGUUCUCCCAGGUUGGCCCUACCUCGUUCACUAUGCGCUGGGCUGUGCCGGGUCAGGAAAACCGACUAACUGGCCUAACGGGCCUCACAGGCUACCGUGUGGUGGUCAACCCAAAGAACAAGAGCGGUCCAACCAAGGAGAUCAACUUGGCCCCAGACGCCACACAGGCACACAUCUCUGGACUCAUGGUUGCAACUGCCUAUGAAGUCCAUGUUUAUGCUUUGAAAAACUCUCUGACCAGCAGGCCAGUCCAAGGAGAGGUCACUACUCUGGAGAAUAUCAGCCCCCCUCGUCGUGUUCGUAUCUCUGACGUCAACGACUCUUCCAUCACCCUGACCUGGCGCUCCAAGACAGAAACCAUCUCUGGCUUCCUGGUUGAGGCCACACCCACCACCUCUUCUACAGGCUACACACCCAUUCAAAGGACCAUUGGCUCUGACUCACGCUCAUUCACUAUUACAGGUCUGGAGCCAGGCACCACCUACAAGAUCAACAUCUAUACACUGAAAGGAAACGGACGCAGUGCACCUCUCACACUCACUGCCACCACAGCCAAACCGGUGGUCAUCCCGCCCACCAAUAUCCGCUUCACCUCCCUGAACCCUAACAGCAUCUCUUUCACCUGGGAGCCAUCACGCAGUCCAAGCGUUACUGGGUAUUAUGUCACCUAUGAGGAGGCCGGGGGUUUGCCUCGAGAGGUUACCCCCAGACCCCAUGCAGGCCAGAGCUACGCCAUUAUUAAUGGUCUGAAACCAGGAACGGAGUAUGUCAUUAAGAUUGUCGCGCUGCAGAAUGCUUUGAGAAGCACACCUCUUGUGGGCAAAGCCAGAACACAGCCAGCUCCAGAUCAUCAGCUAUUGGUUCCCGAGCUGCCACAGCUUCCUGUUCCUUAUCGGCCGGCCACUGACAUCCUGGAUGUUCCAGAGUCCUUCAAUGACAAGAUUUUUGACACCAACCAUGUUCACUUGUCUGGCACUAGUGGCCAAAACCAACCAGGCCAGCAUGGCCAGCACAUCUAUACUGAGUACCAGAGCCUAGGCCCUAAUAACGGACUUCAUGGCCCCUUCAGUGGACCCAGAGAAGGCCAGAGACCGACUCUCAGAGAACCUCUGAUCUAUAUUCCUGUUGCAGGCCCUGAUGGAAACAGAGUACCCUUGGUCAAGGUGAGCGAGGGUCCCCUGCCGGGUCUUGCAUUUGGUUUCCCUGACAACGAAACCGAGUUGCCCCAAGAAGCACAGACAUUCACGACCAUCUCCUGGUCUGGCCUUCCUCAUACUUCAGAGUAUGAGGUGUCCUGUAAUCCUAUUACACACCUGGAGGAAAGGGGCUUUCAGAUGCGUCUUCCUGGCACCUCCAACAGUGCCACACUGAUUGGAUUGACAUCUGGGGCGUCCUAUAACGUCGUUGUAGAAGCCAUGAGGGGAGGGUCUAAAGAGAAGGUUUUGGAGGAAGUUGUAACCGUUGGCAACGCUGUUCCAGGUGACAUCCCUGUUUCCACCAACCAGGACGUGUGUUACGACACAUUCACACAGACCUACCAUGAGGUGGGCUCAGAGUGGGAGCGCAUGUCUGAGACGGGCUUCAAGCUAUGGUGCCGCUGCCUGGGGCUGGGCAGUGGCCAUUUUAGGUGUGAUUCAUCCAAGUGGUGUCAUGACAACAAUAAUAACUACCGCGUCGGCGAGAAGUGGGAUCGCCAGGCUGAAAACGGUCACAUGAUGAGCUGCACCUGCCUGGGAAAUGGCAAGGGAGAAUUCAAAUGUGAACCCCAUGAGUCGACUUGUUAUGACGAUGGUAAAAUGUACCAGGUUGGAAACCAGUGGCAGAAGGAAUACCUGGGCGCCAUCUGUACCUGUACCUGCUAUGGAGGACAACAGGGCUGGCGUUGUGAGAACUGCAGGAGGCCGGGAGGACAGACUGAUGUGGACGCUGACCUCCUUCAACCGGUUCAUUCAGAUGCCUUCGACCGGUACAGAGAAAACGCUCUACGCAAACUGAACAUCCAGUGUCCGAUUGAGUGUUUGAGGCCGGAGCUGCUUGCAGACGCUAACAACCCCUUAGAUUAGAAAAGAGGUGAAUACGAGUACAGGAGGAUGAAGUGUCACUACUACAGCGUCACUACCACUUCAAGAAGGAAGCCUUCUCCUGUUGUUGUUUUUUUUAUAGAGAAGACAUUGCCAUCAGAUCUGUACUUAAAGGUUUUCCCUUCACCAAUUUAAAGUGCCUUAACAAGACUUUUUUCUACACACACCUGUGCCUUUUAAAACAUCUGUCCAUCUUUUCAUGUUGGUUGUGGUCCUUCUUCAGUAGAAACAAGGAUUUCUUCAUUCAAUGAAUUCUUAACAUCUGUAAGGACACAAAUCCUGCUGCUUGAUCCCCUCAAACCUGCCUACACACAAACAAACUAUUGACACACUCGCUCACACACACACACCAGUAUUUGUACUGUUGCAUUGGUACUUUUUUGAAUAUUUCAAAAACAUUCCAAGGCAUUUCUCUUCCUUUGACUGAGACAAAACUUCCCUAAUGACUGUAGCCACAUCUGUUGCAUUUCCCAUGAUUUUGAGUCUCACUGUGACUGUCUAUUCAGAAAAUAUUUAGGUAAUGAUAGAAUGCAUUUCUAAAUCAGGAGUGUGAGUUUGUGUGAGCAAUGGGUCACUAAGAUUUCAAGUUAAAUCUCAAGAAACUCAAAACAAACUUUCCUUAAAAAGAUAAGCACUGUUUCUUUUGAGUUGAUAUUAAAACAUGUGACCUUGCUAUUAAUACAGCUAUUUGAGUCUCCAUCUGUAAUGUGGUUAUUUUAAAAGUACAUAAGGUAUAGCAUGUAUGAAAUCUAUAAAGCAAACGCUGUCUGACCAAAAGUUAUUUUAAAAAAUGUAUUGUAAAAUUCACCAUUAUUUCCAAGUGAAAUGCAUUUUAAUUACAUAAAUGUUUGUAUUUUUUUUAUAUUUUUAAUUCAUUUCUUUAAUUUAUCCCUUAUUAUUCAUGCAUUUUUUUCAAUGCUUCAUUGGGGUGUACACUUUUUUUUGAUUAACUUGUUUUUUUUUUAUAUUGUUGGUGCCAAAAUCUGAACUACUGUGGACUGAAUCUUUUUAUAAAGUGAAAAAAAAA